GUGAGCUGCAUUCCGCCCCACCCCUCGCAAACAUCAUCAUCACCUCAGAUCAGGAAGCACGGAUACGUUUUGUUUUUAUCUUCUUUUUUUGUUUUAAAGAAGAGACUUUAGGUGAAUGCAGCCGCAGCGAAACCUGACCAGGAGGGCGACGAGGCGUUAUUGUAGUAAACACGGUUGAUCUGCAGAAAGAAGAGCAUUGGUUACAUCAAGACUGAGCCGUGGAUGCAUGUGACACAGACUCACCGGAGAAGAAGGUCUCUGUCAGCAGCAUGGGACAACAUCUAGGAAAGAGGGAGACAGACAAGGCUCCGUCACCUGAACCCAAAGAAGAACCAGCCGGAACAGCAGCCGAGCCUGAAACACAGGAUGAAGUUUUUGGCCUGGUCACAGCAGAUGCCAACCUGAACAAUGGCUGCGUCUCGGAGAAGCCGGCGGUGACUGACUCCGAGGGCCCCCACCAGCUCUGGACCUCCGCCAGCACAGCUGACCCUGAUGCCGCCACGCCACGCCCCCACCUGGCCCGCCUCUUCUCCCGAGAUGCCCCGGGCCGAGAGGACAACACCUUCAAAGAGCGACCCUCCGAGUCGGACGAGCUGCAGACCAUCCAGGAGCACAGCGGAGCGGCUUCAGAGUGCGGGUCGGAGAGCCCCGAGCAGGACUUAGAAUAGGCUGACUUUUUUUCCCUUCCC